AUGAAGCCAAAUAAAUUAAGUCGUCACUUAAAGACAUUACACCCCAAUCACGCUAAUAAGCCGCUUGAGUAUUUUCAGCGAAAACGUGUCGAAUAUUGCAAACAAUCAUCCCACUUUCUGACUGCUAUUUCAGUAAACAAGCGAGCAUUGUUGGCAUCAUAUAAGGUGGCGUACCAAAUUGCUCAGUGCGAAAAACCUCACACCAUAGCAGAAGAGCUGAUACUGCCUGCAGCAUUAGACAUGGUCUCUGUCAUGCUGGAUGACGCAAGUGCUGCAAAAAUAAAAACUAUCCCUCUGUCGAAUGACACCAUUGCUAGAUGUAUAAAUGACAUUGCUGAUGAUCUUAACGAACAGCUGGUAGAUAAACUCAAGGAUAAACGUUUUGCCUUACAAUUUGAUGAAGCAAUUGACAGCAACAAAGACUGUUUGUUUAUCGCUUAUGUACGUUUUGAAAUGGCAAAUUCCCUAUGUGAGGAUCUACUUUUUUGUAAAUAUAUCAGUGACAGAGCCACGGCUGAAGAGCUAUUCAAAAUGCUAGACUGCUUCCUGACUGAGAAUGAGCUAAAAUGGGAGAAUUGCAUGGGUGUUUGCAGUGAUGGUGCACAGACCAUGGCAGAGAUGAGAAAAGGACUUCGGACACUCAUCAAGAAGGCCUCACCUAAUGCUGAGUGGACACACUGUAUUUUACAUAGAGAGGCAUUGGCAUCAAGGCACUUUUCUUCUGAAUUAAAUGAGGUUAUGACUGACAUUAUAGGAGUAGUCAAUUUAAUAAAGACCAGACCACUAAAAACAAGAGUUUUCUCUGCUAUCUGUCAGGAGAUGGGAGCUGAACAUCAAGCUGUGCUGUUUCACAGUGAAGCAAGGUGGCUGUCACAAGGAAAAGUGUUGUCCCGAGUUUUUGAGCUCAGAGAGGAGAUAAGAAUGUUUUUGGAGCAGGAGCACAAGUAUGACGUUGCAAGAAAGUUUAGUGAUGUGAACUUUCUGAUGAAACUUGCUUACCUGAGUGACAUAUUUGGAAAGCUCAAUGAACUAAAUCUACAGCUUCAAGGGAAAAAUCAACACCUCCCUCAGGCCACAGACAAGAUCAACUCUUUCACUCGAAAGCUUGCAAUGUGGGGCAGGCGGCUUCAUGAAGGAAGUACCGUGUCAUUUGAGAACUUGCAGGAAUUUGUUGACACUACUGACUAUGAUGCCAUCUCAGUGGUUCCAUAUUUUAAGCAGCAUAUUUCAUCACUGAUAGGAUUCUUUACAAAGUACUUUCCUGAAAACAGUUCCCAGUAUGACUGGGUGAGAGGUCCUUUUAAUGCACCAGCUCCUACUGGGUUCAGUCUUGCAGAGGAGGAGCAGUUCAUAGAAAUCACAUCUGACUCCAUAUUGAGACUAAGUUUCACAUCCCAGACACUGAGUGAAUUCUGGCUGAGUGUGAAGAAGCAAUAUCCACUCUUAGGACAAAGAGCUGUGCACAUUCUUCUUCCAUUUGCAACUUCUUACUUGUGUGAGAUUGGCUUCUCUGCUGUUGCUGCUCUGAAAAGCAAAUACAGGUCUCGGCUACACAUUGAGAAGGAGCUGAGAGUUUCUGUGUCCUGCUUCAAACCCCGCUUCGAAAAGCUGUGCAUUGAAAAACGUGCUCAUUGUAGCCAUUAA